AUGUCUGAAUCUAUGAGUAUAUCAGUGAACGGACAAUCUCAAGUGCCUCCUGGGUUUAGGUUUCACCCGACCGAAGAAGAGCUUUUGCAGUAUUACCUCCGGAAGAAAGUUAAUAGCAUCAAGAUCGAUCUAGAUGUCAUUCGUGACGUUGAUCUCAACAAGCUUGAGCCUUGGGAUAUUCAAGAGAUGUGUAAAAUAGGAACAACCCCACAAAACGACUGGUAUUUCUUUAGCCACAAGGACAAAAAAUAUCCGACGGGAACGAGAACUAACCGAGCCACCGCAGCCGGAUUUUGGAAAGCAACCGGCCGCGAUAAGAUCAUAUAUAGUAAUGGCCGUAGGAUUGGGAUGAGAAAGACUCUUGUUUUCUAUAAAGGUCGAGCUCCUCACGGCCAAAAAUCUGAUUGGAUCAUGCAUGAAUAUAGACUCGACGACAACAUUAUUUCCCCUGAGGAUGUUAUCGUUCGUGAGGUGGUGAGUAUUAUAGGGGAAGCAUCACAAGACGAAGGAUGGGUGGUGUGUCGUAUUUUCAAGAAGAAGAAUCUUCUUCACAAAACCCUAAACAGUCCCACCGGAGGAGCUUCCCUGAGCGGCGGCGGAGACACGGCGAGGACGACUUCGUCUCAGAUCUUCAACGAGGAUACUCUCGAGCAGUUUCUUGAACUUAUGGGGCGAUCUUGUAAAGAAGAGCUAAAUCUAGACCCUUUCAUGAAACUCCCAAACCUCGAAAGCCCUAACAGUCAAACAGCCAUCAACAACUGCCACGUCAGCUCACCGGACAACGUCCACGUCAGCAACGUGGUCGACACUAGCUUCGUAACUAGCUGGGCCGCUUUAGAUCGGCUCGUGGCCUCGCAGCUCAACGGACCAACAUCGUACUCCGUCGACGAGAGCCACGUGGAUCAAGAUCUUCUCUCCUUCCGAUCUCCCUACCCUAGUCUUAACCGCUCCGGUUCGUAUCACGCCGGUUUAACGCCGGAAUAUACACCGGAGAUGGAGAUAUGGAACACGACGACGUCAUCUCUAUCGUCAUCGUCUGACCCAUUUUGUCACGUGUCAAAUGGUAGUGGAUAA